AUGGGGAAGAGCCUGGACGACACCUUCAAGAAGGUGACGGCGCCCGCAGGCGUCGCCGUCGUCCUGCACAAGCACUGGGAUUUCUCCCGACCCUUCCAGCAGCCCCACAGUCCACAAAAACAACAAGGAGCCAAACACACGGCCGUCACCCAUGAGAAGCCAGGCUCGUCGACGGCGAGGGAGGCGGCGAGCGCCUCGAACUUCAUCCCGGCCAGCCCUAGGACGCUGCCGGCCCUUCUUCCACAGACCCGCGCUGGAAAGUGUGCAACAGGCAUCGGAGAACCAGCACACGCCGACGCCGCGCGCAAGAGCAGAGAUGCCCUGGCCGGGCCAACGCCGGCAGCCGCUCACGCCCCUGCAUCUGCUGCACCGCCACAUCAGCUCCACUCCAUCCCUCCAGCCCCCAACGAGAAGCCCAGAUCGGGCCCGGGUUGGGCCCAGAUCGGGCCCUGCAGCCGCCGCCGCGAGAGCAGCCGCGCUGCUGCGCAAGGGGCCUCGCCACCACGACGCGCACGCCCAAGCGCCGCUGUCAAGCCUGUGUGGCCGCUCCGCCGAGCUCCGCCGCCAAGCCCCACCUUGCACAGCCCGCGAGAUGCACGUCCCCGCGCGAAGACGAGCAGCUGGGGUGCACUGCGCACGAAGUCCACGCCCUCCGUCUUCGACGGCCGGGCGCCGCCGCCGCCACCGGCGCCGGCAGCGGCGGCGGCCAGGGGAGGCACGGUGGAGGAGGCUUUUUGCUAG